AUGGAGGAGGCUGCGCUCUGUGAGGCCGAACUCAGCUCUUCCCGAUUCAGCAUGUUGGCCAAGGCGCUGGAGUCAGAUCUGGAGGAGCGCGCGGAGGAGCCGCGCGGCUCGCGGGAGGCGCUGCUGCAGCUGCUGCUGCUGCCAUACAAUCUUCUGACGUCGCUGCGGCGGGCGCUGGGUAGCGACUUCCCGCUCCUCCAGCUCCUGGACCUGAGCAGCAACGGGAUCACUGCGCUGGGGCCGGAGCUGCUGAGGCUGAGAGGCCUGCGCACGCUGCAGGUCACGAACUACCGGCUCGGUGGCCCGGGCUCGCUGCCCAACGGCGUGGCCCAGUCACCACUCUGCCGCAGCCUUCAGGUACUCAACGUCAGCGGCAAUUGUUUACAGGAGCUGCCUGCCUCGCUGCUGGAGCUGCGGGCGCUUCAGACCCUCAUCCUGGGCGGCAACCAGCUGCAGAGCAUCCCCUCCAAGAUCGAGAACUUGCAGAGUUUAGAAUGUUUAUACCUUGGAAGAAACUUCAUUAAAGAAAUCCCACCAGAAUUAGCAAAUCUGCCUUCUCUGAAUUACUUGGUGUUGUGUGACAACAAGAUCCAAAGUGUGCCAUCUCAGCUUGCACAGUUGCAUUCGCUUCGAUCCCUCAGUCUGCACAAUAACUUGCUGACAUACCUGCCUCGAGAGAUCCUUAACCUUAUUCACCUGGAAGAAUUGAGUUUACGAGGAAACCCAUUGGUUGUUCGUUUUGUUAGAGAUUUAACAUAUGACCCUCCAACUCUUCUGGAAUUAGCUGCAAGGACCAUUAAGAUCCGAAGUAGUUCUUACACUCCCUAUGAUCUUCCUGGGAAUCUUCUUAGAUACUUGAGUUCAGCCAGCAAUUGUCCAAACCCAAAGUGCGGUGGAGUCUAUUUUGAAUGUUGUGUCAGACAAAUUAAGUUUGUGGACUUCUGUGGGAAGUACUGCCUCCCCCUCAUGCACUAUCUGUGUUCUCCAGAAUGCUCCUCCCCCUGCCCCUGCAGCUCCGCCUCAUACAGCUCCAUGUCCCAGAGUGAGUCUGACUCAGAAGAUGAAGCCAGUGUUGCUGCACACAGAAUGCAGAAAGUUCUUCUCGGUUGA